UCAGUUGCUGCGGAAAGGCAAUCAGACCAACCCUGACUUUGAUGAUACGGAAUCAAAUAACACAUAUUAAAAACGUGUAUCAUUUACACCCAUUAUUGCUCUGAAUUGCAUGAGCAUAUAUAAUUUCAUGACAUGUCAAAGAGUGCCAUCUAUUCGACAUGUAUUUUCACUUAAGCGUACCUCGCGGGUUUCCGUCGUCUACAUCAUGACGUCAGCAUAAAAACAAACUUGCUAGCUCUUGUCAGCUCUGUCGUGACAGCUCAAUGGGAAAAGCAAAUAAAUUAAGAAUUGAAAUCGAAAGAUACUGGCACAUCAACCGCCUGUAUGUGAAAUUACUUUGAGAAGUUGGUGAGAAGACAAAGAACAGACGGCCUGGCCAUUCUUUCACCUGACAGCUAGCCAGCCGGAGAGACGGGGAACAGGAUAGGGAAGCAGCGCGGAGCAGGCGCCGCGGAGCCACCGGAGAAGAUGGCAGGCAGCCCGGAGAAGAGUUCCACGGCACAGGAGCUGAAGGAACAGGGCAACCGGCUGUUCCUCUGCCGCAAGUACCAGGAGGCUGCCACCUGCUACAGCAAAGCCAUCAACCGUAACCCGUUGGUGGCGGUGUACUACACCAACCGGGCUCUGUGCCACUUGAAGCUGCAGCAGCACGACAAAGCCCUUGCGGACUGCAAGCACGCACUGGAGAUGGACCCCCAGUCGGUCAAGGCCCACUUCUUCCUGGGCCAGUGUCACCUGGAGCUGGAGAACUACGACGAGGCCAUCGGCAACCUGCAGAGAGCUUACAACCUGGCCAAGGAGCAAAGGCUGAACUUUGGAGACGACAUCCCAAGUGCCCUGCGGCUCGCCAAAAAGAAGCGCUGGAACAGCAUCGAGGAGAAGCGCAUCAACCAGGAGAACGAGCUGCUUGCCUAUCUCACCAAACUCAUCCUGGCUGAGAAGGAGAGGGAAGUGGCGGAUUGCCGGGAAAACAAAGAGGCGGACAAUCCGAGUGGCAGCGACGUCGUCAAGCUCAAAUCAAAACAUGACAAGUUCCUUAUGGACAUGGAGGAGCUCUUUUCACAAGUGGACGAGAAGAGAAAAAAGCGGGAGAUCCCUGACUACCUGUGUGGAAAGAUCAGCUUUGAGUUGAUGAGGGAGCCCUGCAUCACCCCCAGUGGGAUCACCUACGACCGCAAGGACAUUGAGGAGCAUCUACAGCGAGUGGGCCAUUUUGACCCGGUCACCCGGAGUCCUCUGACUCACGACCAGCUGAUCCCCAACCUGGCCAUGAAGGAGGUCAUCGACGCCUUUAUCCAGGAGAACGGUUGGGUGGAGGACUAUUGAACCCCCAUAACCCGAACCCCUUAUGGCUCGUAGAUCCACACCAGAAGUGUCAAGAAAAAAGGAAAGUGACAGAAUUCACAAACUCCCUCUUGGACCUGCACUUUACACAUAGGGGGGGUCACACUAUGGACUGCAAAAUGACAGCCAUAACUCUAGGUGAUUCCUCUCUUUCUAAAUCGGUCUCCUCUCUCUCCUCCCCUUCUCUCUAAAUCUUUUAUCACUUUCCUUCCUCUAUCCCUCAGAAUCGGGGGCCAUGUUUCUCAGGUCUCUCUCUUCCCCUCUAUCUCUCUGUGCCACAAUCCUCUCUGAACACAUCGCACUGCAUGCUGGUCUCAAAACCCUCUAAUGUAAACCUUCCAAUCUCUUCUCAAAUAUAACCAUUGGAACUAUCUACCCAAACGAUGAAAAUAUUAGCCUUUUAUCUAACUCUUACUCCAGUAUUUUUGUUUACUUCAAUUUUUUGAAAACAUAAUGGGUUAGUUGUACUGUAAUGACUUAUUUCCCACAAUUCAGUGUUGGUGGUCUUGGUCAAUUUGAUGCCAAAUUGUUAUUUUACUUUUCAAACAAUCUAGUGUGGAUUUUUUUUUAAUGCAAGGUUAUAGCAAAUGUGAGAAAUGUAUUAUAGAAAAACUGACCAACCAAGUCGGUCUGCUUCAAGUCGUUGCCUGUGAUGUAGAGUUAUAACAAGAUCAUACAAACUAUAAUGUUCCAACCGAUGGUCAACGGUCCUCUAUUGCAUUAUAUCAGUCCCUCAUAGCGGGCAGUUAUACUAUGUUGAAUGUAUGCAUAUAGUGAGAGUGAAUAGAUUAAACCUAUUUUAUUUUACGAGUUGUAUGUAUUAUUACAGUAGUACCAAAUGGCAUUCUUGUCAUCAUCCAAAAAGGAGAUUUGAAUGAUAGACAAUUCAUCAGUUUAAAGUGCUGCAUAGAGAGACUACAAGGUUGUUUCUAUUUCCUCUGUAAUGGUUCAGAUAUCUGCAUUUUUAUCAUAUGAGAACAUCGUCUUUACUUUCUCUUUGGGUUUGAAGUUGUUGAAACCUGUUUUGAAGGACUGUGCUGUAAUUGCUGUUAUUAGAGACAAAACAAUAGGUGCGUGCGCUUGGACAAUGUUUGGCUGAUGGCUAGUGGUACAACCGCUGGUACAGUAUGCAUUUGACAUGACAAUGGACUCUCUACAUUGUUAAGCAUGAGGUCUGCUCAGGUUGUUAUAAGCAUUCAGGUCUGCUUUGCAAAGAAUUUUCCCCCCACUCUAUUACAGGGAAAAGCCCCGUCAUACAUGCCUACUUUUUACUAUAACCAUACAGUAGCAGUAGGUAUUCACAACAACUUUUAAAAAUGUAAGUAUGACAACUGACUAAUGGUGAAAGCAGUCAUGUUCCCAAUACUUUGAGAGUCUCCUAUACCUUCUCAUUUCAGUGUCUUUCCCUAUUUUGAUCUAAAACUACGGUUAGAAAUGCUGGAAGGGGGACAAUCGCAACAAUCAGUGUUGCAGUACCUUGACUAGGAGCUUGGAAUUAUCGGCUGUUGACAGAGUCGUCUUAGAUAUUUCUCAGUUUUUCCUCAAUUAGUUUACAUAAGUCCCCUUUCUCAACAGAAUGUAUGUGAUUUUAGUGAACUGCAGUUUUUGUGUUGGGGUGAGGGGUUGGCUUUUUGAGGAUUUCUGAAGAGCUUGAGAAUAAACAACUGUAUUAAAUGUAGAUAUGUUAAUUAUA